UUUUGCAACAGCAUAAGCAACAAUAUCGUAUUGGAACUUCCCGCAAAGAAUACAUGUGCACACGUACAGGUUAAAUCGCAAUGUUUACACCAAGGAAUAGCUCUCUCAGAGCUGGUCAGUCGCCUUUUACUGCUACCUCUCAGGGGAAUAAAUCAGCACAGACACGUCGAGUGGCGAGCGUUUUUACACCAACAAAAAAGCAGAAGUCACUGCAGAGCAGAUCAGUAUUACAGGCUUCGCAAUUACUGGAGGAAACCUCAAACUUUAGAAUUGAAAAAUUUGGCUUACCCUUGCCAGUGUUGAUAACAGAAGCUCUUACAUUUGCAGACAAAAGUACAAGAAUAAGUGUAAAGGUUGAUGAAUCUGGCUGGGCAUGGCUUGUUGGAGGAAGGAAGCUGUUUGUUUGGAGAUGUAAACAGGGACAGACAGGCAGGAAUAUUUUGUGUAAAGAGUUGACGUUGCCUCCCAGUGACUUGGCCCACAGUGCUGCCAGAGUUUGUGUCAUCCCUUGCAGUGGGGACAGUCAGUCAGCCUCCUGUAUUGCUGUGUCACCAGAGGGUGUGGUCAGGUACUGGUCAAAUAUUGCGUACGAAGCAUCGUCAAUGGAGAUCAGCGCUGAACUGAAGGGAGAGGAAUGUGAUUGUGUAGUCAAUCUUUAUCCAUUUGGAUGUUUGCUUGCAACGACGACCAGUUCCUUGGUGAUGAUAGCAGCUAUAUCUGGACAGAACAGUAUAAGCUGCCAUCCCUUGAAGGCUACACAGGGAAUGUUUGCUGGGAUAGGAAGGAGAAUGUCUUCAUUGAUAUUUGGUGGUGGACAGGGGCAGACAAUUGGGACUCCAUUGCAGGCAGUUAUAGCUGGAGUGCAUGAAGAAGAUGAGAGACCAUUUUAUGUACUGUCUGGUACAUACAUGAACAAAUGGGUCAUUGGAGAUUACAACAUGGAAAAGUUUAUGUACCAGAUUGAUGCUGACAGGCUAUUUAGAGAGGCUUUAGCAAGAAAAAUUUGGGACAAAGAUGCUAUACAAAUGACUCAGCUCACUACUUGGAUGUUAGACAUGCAUUUGACAAGAGAUGGUAUUGUUGUGCUAGGAGCAGGAUUUGAUACUGAAAUGGAACCAGUUGUUCAUUACGCUCUAGCUACAAUAGCCACAGAAUGUAGUGGAACACCAUCUAGAUUGGAAGCUUUCAGAGUGCUUCAAUUCACAAAGAGAUACCAGGAGGACAAUGAGGUGGACUUACUGGGCUACAGAUUCCUUGUUCCUGAAAACAGUCAGGACAGUGUAUAUCUCUAUAAUGACUACACAAUUAUCAUGGAUAAUGGUACAGGAGAGCCAUCUGAAGAGUUGCCUGCCCCAGGUGGACGAUUGCUUGGUGCUGGGAACUGUGAGGGUACAGCAGUGUUCUUCUCUGCCGCACAGGGACUGAUCAGUAUAACAUCAAAUCUGAAACAAAAUGUCAGUAUUCUGGAUGAAGCUACGCAAGAACUUGUAUCUAGGAGUGAUGUUACACAGCUAGCCACAAGUACAGCUCAGAUUGAGGAGCUCAGUAUGAGUGAUGAUAAAUCAGCAAGAUUAAAGGCUGCCUUCCUCAGUGCUUGCAGUGGUAAUCUGAAACAAGCGCAAGAUAUUGUGGAUGAGUUGUUUCCCAAAGAUGCAGUCUCGACGGGGAACCAGACUACAGAUAUAGACAGACUGGUUUCUGGUUUAAGUUGUGAUCUCAUUGAUGACUACCCUGCCUCAGAUCCUAGGUGGGCAGAAAAUGUUAAAUCUGAUUCUGGGAGCGGUAUGUCAUCUUUGAUCAUUCUGCAGCAACUGAAAGAUAAACAGCGAGCACAUGAGUACAUUAUCAACUUUCUAAAGAAAGUCAAUCUGUGGGAUAAGUUACGUACUAUAAAAAUUGGAAGCCAUGUAAUGUCUACAAGAUUAUUGCUGUGUCAACAUGCUGAACAACUCGAGGCUGCUAUUAUCCUUAGAGAAAUGCAUUCUGAUUACAGUGCUGUUAUUGACCCAGCUAUUCGUAAAGUGCUCACUGCAAGAGGGGAACCAAUGGGCUCUGGUCUGUCUCCUCAGGAUCUGUUCUACAGAGAGGUGUCGCAUAUCCAUGAUAUAUUUGAAGCGUUAUUGGAGUACGAGAAUGAUAUAAUGUGUGGAAAUUUUGCACCUUCUGACAUCAUAACAGUCAUUGCAUCAGUGAAUCCCAUUAUGGAGGGUAUGUUGCAUGCUGCAGUCCUGUAUCGCCAAACUAAAGCAGUAAUGUAUGAGACUGGGACAGAACUUACACAUACACUUGAGUUUACACCAUGGACUUCAACUGCUGGAAGUUCUGGAGUGAGAACAUUAAUACAUAAGCAGUUUAUGUUGACUUUGGAAUCAGCUGUACCAGAAGCUAGAGAUACAGAGACGCGUGGACAGUUGUUCCAACAACUGCUGUCAUUGGCUGACAACAUUCUAGAUGGUUACACGAGCCAACUGACCUCACUUGCUCACAAAGCAGAGUUUGCAGAGUACACAGUGCAGGUUGAGGAACAAUACAAACAGGAGAGGCAUCAUCUCAUCAGCCCAUUCUUGGAAUAUGAACAGUAUGAACAAGCUGGUUCCCUAGCAGAGAAAUACUGUGACUUUGAGAUGUUGAUAAGAAUUUGUGAGGAUACAGAGAAUCAGGAAAGGAUACAGAGGUACCAGCAGCAAUUUGCUGACAAAGGUUUCUCUGAUUUCCUGUUUGCCUGGUACAUGAAAGAAGGAAAGCAAGGCAGACUUUUGUCAUUACCAACUCAGCAACAAAAACAGUUAAACAGUUUCCUGCAGAAAGAUGAGUUUGGGUACCUAAAGUGGUUACAUGACAUUGAAUGUAAAGAUUUUCAAUCCGCUCAUGAAACAUUGUUGAAUCUUGGUAGAAAUGAAGAACAGUAUUUAGCUAAAAAGAAGACCAUGUUAAGUCUUGCUAAACUUGCAGCAUUAGCCUGUGGAGAUGUUGAAGAACAGAUGAAGACUGAUAUCAGAGAUAUUGAUGAGGAGCAAGAACUUGUUUUAAAUCAGGAGUUACUACCUGUUGAAUUAUUGGAGACUAUGAAUGUUGAUGCAGAGCAUAUGAAGGUUUUAACACCAGUAGAGUUAAUACAGUUGUACAUUUGUGAGGAGAAUACAGCAGCAACAGAAUAUGACUUUAAGAAAGCUCAUGACCUGAUGCAGUUCCUUGAUACCGAGGAUCCAGCCAUCGAUUAUGAAACUGUAAGAAACAGUAUAUGGUGUAAAGCCAUUCUUAGAGACAAAGCAAUCUGGACACACACACCAACAGGAGAUCCUGUAGACAGUGUUAGAGAUACCAUAUUCUUUAAGACAGUUUCACUAGCAGUUACUGAUGGUUGGGAUCCUAGAUCAUUGCUGCCGGACUUGCAGUCAUUACUGACAUGUGAAGUGCUUGCUGCAGUAGCUACAAACAAACAAUUACAGUUCCUGCUUGCUGCCGUGUAUGAACUUGUAAAUAAUUACACAUGAACACAGUUACACUUCCUGCAUGAUGCAGUCUAGCACUUUGCAGAUAAACAAUAAUUCUGUGUGUAAUAUUCUGUAUGUAAACAUAGCAAUGUUUAGUUUGCGCAUUGGCAACUAGACAGCUUAUUAGGACCUGUACCUUGUCUUCUAAAUGCUGCAUUAUACUUUUGUAAGUGUUGGAAGCUCCAGAAACAGCUUUUGGACAGUAGUUUCAUCAUUGUCAUCAUCAUUUUACUCUUGAGGCCAGAGUUUGUUGAUUUUUUGUUACUCAGACCCUCCUGCCCUAUUUUCUGUCAUUUUCAAAAAAAAUGAAAUUUUAAAAAUUUCAAAAAAUUUUAAGAACAAUGAUUGAUGUUAUGCCGAGUUCUGAUGAUGACAACUCCAAUAUUUGUCAGUGUAUUAGCUGUCAGUGUAUUAGCUGUCAGUGUCAUAUCAGGGGUUUUUUUUACGACUGGGGGAAGAGGCCCCAGCCUGUCAUUGGGGGAAGAAAAUAGCCCGCGACGAGCAGUUUUGGGGGAUUUUUUCACUCAGGGGGGAAUUUACAAUUAUGCAUAAUAAACACUUUAAACUAUGUUUUUAUUACAUAUUCUUGCAACUUUUAGCAACUAUACACACUGUCACUUAGCAAUAGAUGGACUUGCACUAAUGUUCACUUAUCAUUGUAACAAGGUGGGUGGGGAGAGUUGAAAUGCUCAAAUCAUUGAAUAUUUAAAGGUCACAUGCUUUUAUUCACAAAAAUAUGCUUUAAAAUAAGAGUUGCUUUUGCAAGAGUCAUCAUAUUAUUAUUAAAUGCAUACUUUUGUUGGCUUUUUAUUUCAAUUGUACUAGAAAAUCUUUUAAGAAAGGAUAAGAAAGUCCGAAAAUCACGAUCGCGAAAACGUGUGACAAAUAUGAAAAAAACGAAAGCAAACAUUAAAAAUUCUUGAUAAAAUUUCAUCUUUUUUCAGAACUAUUCCAUACUUAUAAUAUCUGAUUACUUAAAACAUUUAUAUUUUAUUUUGGUCUAGCAAAAUACCUCGGCAAAGAUAAUAAAUUUGCGUAACGGCCGACUGGCUUAUUUAAUCGAAUCAAGCAAAUAAAAUAAUUACUUUAAAUUAACAACACAUAUUACACAAUACAGCAUAAGCUGUUACCGCUAAUUAACAAGAGGUACAAACACGCUAAUCUGACGCUGCAUUGUUUAUCAAUCAUCUAUAUUACAUACUGAUGAUAACCACGUGUCACUCGGCGCGUGGCGUGAAUGACAUCUGUCAGUAGCUAAUUAACAUACGACGCUCCGCCUACUGUCAUACUUACGC